GGCCACAACGCUGGAGAGCCCAGAAGAUAGCGGGAGAGGUCAAGCGACCUCCCGCAACCCCAGCGCCGUCCCCCGUUUAGUGGGGUGGGGGUGGAGCGGUAAAGACAGAAGGGGAGGGGGAUUUGGUUUCGGUAAUGACGGAAUCUAAGGCGGCGCCGCCACCAGUUUCACUACCGGUACCAGUACCCCUCUACAAACAGCGAUCUUGGUCUGCGGAUACUUAUCGCGAUGAAGCUUGGUCGAAAAGGAAAGGUAAUCACAAGAGGAAGCAGAUAAGCAGGAGUGUCACCGACGAAGAUCUCGACGAGCUUAAGGCUUGCAUCGAAUUGGGUUUCGGAUUCGAUUCUCCAGAUUUAGAUCGAAAGCUAUCAAAUACUUUACCAGCUUUGGUUCUAUAUCAUGCCGUCACCAAGCAAUACAGUGAUAGCAUUUCAAAGUCUUCAUCUUCGGCUCCUCCUUCAGAGUGUGAUGCAUCGUCUCCACCUGGAAGCCCUCUCACCAUCUUCAGCCCAGGUGAUGAUCCUCAAAUUGUGAAGACGAGAUUGAGGCAGUGGGCACAGGUCGUUGCGUGUUCGGUGCGGCAAUCUUCUUAUUGAUUCCACCGGCGUUUUCCGAGUCCCCGACCGAUUCUAUCAAUAGAUUGAAGAGAAAUGAAGGAUUUUUUUUUAUUAUAUCUAUAUAUAUAUAUAUAUAUAUAUUUUUUUAAAGAUAGGUGAUCAAAGCAUUGACUUUAUUGGUUUAUUUACAUUUCAUAUGUUUUGAUAGUAAUUUUUCAGAUUAACUUUGGACAGUUUCUGUAUGUAAUGGGAAUAAUCUUAUGAUGUAAAAUCUGUGUAAUGCUUUCUUUGUUGAGGACUUU